AUGGAUUCAGGUUUUGGGAAUAGUGGGUUUUACACGCAUAACACGUCUAUGUGGAGUGAAAGUAGGCGUCGAGAUAUUAGGAGUAGAGAUAGAGAUCCUUUCAGAGGUGGAAUAAGUGGUUUAAAAGAUGAUGAAUUCAGUAGGCCGACAGAUAAUAUGGGCACUCUAAAUCCUGGUCUCUCAGGGUUCUCUGGAUAUACAGGCGGCAGCGGUAGCGGCAGCAGUAGUAAUGCGACAAAACGUACUCGCAAGAAUGGUGAAUACGCCGAGACAUCAAUUGCAGAUUUGCCAUUGAUAUCUACAGAAGUUUUGGAUGAGGCAAGCCAACGAAGACUUGCGUUUGUCAUUUUUAUUAUAAUUCAAGCAUACAAAAUAUACGACCUUAUCCUUUUGAAAAGUGGAAUACCUCUUUCGGGGCUAUUUUUGUCGAAUUCAAGACUGAAUUUCGUAUCCAAAUACAUCAUAAUAGACUCGUUGUUUUUCAACUGCUUACCAACUUUUAAGAUACCGAAGCUAAAAUUCAAACCAUUGGUAGUAUUUCUUCAGAUUAUUUCAUUUGCGCUUUUAACGGUAUUCCUUUCGAGUGACAAAAACUUCCCGCUAUUCACAAUAAUUGUGUCACUUUGGAAACAAUACAACAGUAGGGAUUUGACUCUCACCGGUGAUUCCGUGAAUCCAAAACAGGCUUUGAAUUCAGCACAGCACUUUAAGGGUGCCCAUACGAUCAAAAUUCUACCGGAGAAUACUGCCUACUUCAAUCCUUCUCACUCUGCGUUCUGUCUUCCGAUGGAUCAAUCUGGACCAGCACUGGAAAUUCCAAUUAGAGUGAACUCUUCCUCAACUAUCGGUCAUGUACAGUUAGAGUUCAGAGACUUGUAUACAAACGAAGUUGAGUUAUGGAACUUCACCAAGAAUGACUUGAAAUCACUAAGAAAGGAAUCCUCCAAGGAUGAAGCUUACAAGAAUAUUCACUAUUUCUCCGUACCACUGGACAGAAUUGGUUUCUAUGAAUUGAAGAGUGUCAAGGAUACGAAUAACAUGAAUUUGAGAAUAUACAAGUCACAAUUGGUUCUUCCACAUUGUCCACUGGCUUCAAUUAAAGGAAAGGGCGAGAAAGACAGAUGUAUUGGAGACAAUGACCACGUUUCUAUCCAAGUCCAGGGUGUACCACCUUUAAAGCUAACUUAUAGUAAAACAAUUAAUGGCCAGAAAUAUGUCCUUGAAGAUCCAACUUUGCAGCCAGAAUAUUUUGAAUCUCCACUUCUUUCAAACUCAAAGUUUUUCAGCAGUUUAGACACCAAUGACUUGAAAUGGGCCCGUUCUUAUCCUAUAGACAUUGACUUAGAGACCUCAGCAAAAGAAUACGGUCAACACUUGUAUUCCAUCGAAAAAAUUGUUGAUGGUUUCGGAAAUACCAUUGAUUUCACAGUAAUGUCGUCAGAAGUUAGAGAAAAGUAUGAUUUAGUUCAUCAAUUUUAUGUGCAUGAUUUACCAAGGGCCUCAUUAGAUGAAGAAAUGAAUCCAAACAGUGCGGUGAGAAGAUCAUUGGUUGUGAAAUUAGACUCUGGUGACUUUGUUAAAGAUGCUCCAUUCGUGGUUCAACUUUCUCAUGAAGAUAACAACUCAAACGUCAACUUCAUUGAAAAACAAUUUAAUGAAAAAGAGCUGAAGUUUAAGGUUGAUGAACCAGGUUCAUACAAUCUCCUAUCUAUAAAAUCCAAUUAUUGUAAUGGAGCUGUUAUAGGAAAAUCCAACGUCUUAAUCACGAAGCCAAUUCCUCCUCAACUAGAUAUCAAAUCAACACCUAUCUUAGAUCAAUGCGUUGGUCAGGUCGGUUUAAACUUUGAUCUCACAUUUACUGGGGUACCACCAUUUUAUUACAAGACUAAGAUCUAUAGGAUGGAAAAAGGUGAACGUAAACUUUAUGAAACCAAGAAAUUCACAUCGCAAGGUACUAGAAAUCAAUUCACAUACUCUCCAACUUCUGAAGGUAGCUAUGAGAUUGUUUUCACAGAGUUGUCUAACGAGCUUUUCAACUCCCCAAUACCCCUUGACCCAAAGAAAAAUACAUUCAAAACUACUAUGAGAGUUAAACCAAGUGCGAAAAUUGCUGGAAGAAUGGAAACAAAGCUCUGUUUAGGAGGUAAAACAAAGAUACCGAUCAAAUUCAGUGGUGAACCUCCAUUCACAUUAAACUAUGACAUCGUGGCAACUUCCUCAAACAAGAGAGCUUCAUACAACAAAGAUAACAUUAGAAGUUACUCUUUUGACAUAGAAACUCCAAACUUCAACAUUGGUGGAGAUCAUAUCCUAUCAUUGGUGUCUGUAAAAGAUGCUAGCGGAUGUUUGGUAGGAUUAAGCGGUACAGAUGCAAGAAUAACUGUCAGAAGAGAUAUCCCGGUAGCUUCUUUUGCUACUUCAGAGAGUAACUCUCAAAUCAAUAUCAAAGAGGCAUCAUCUGCUGAACUUCCCCUAAAGCUUUCUGGCGAAGGACCAUUUACUGUCGUCUUCAACUAUCUAAACAACAAGGGCGAAGUUAAGGAAACGAAAGAAGCUGUUUUCAACUCAAACUAUAAACCUGUUUUGAAAGUUCAAAAGGAAGGUCUAUAUAGACUAGUGUCUGUACGAGACCAAAGCUGCCAAGGUAAAAUUGUUGAUCCGCAAAAUACUUUCCAUGUCCAGUAUCUCGCAAAGCCUCACUUCUCUGUUGUUGAUCAUAACCGUAUUUCUAAAUUGGACGCAUUCAACUACAUCAAGAAUGAUGUCUGUCAAGGAUUUGAAGAAACUAUCGAUUUAUCUCUUAGCGGUGUUCCUCCAUUUUUGAUUGAGUAUGAUAUGGUUUCCCCAUUGGGUGAUAAACACUCUUCUUCAGUGCAAGUUGCUACUAAAUAUGCGUCGAUCAAAUUCCCUAAUGAAAUAAUUGGCGAAUAUUCCAUUAAAGUGAAGAGUGUUUAUGAUUCUAAUUACGGUAAAAUGGAUUUGCAGAAAAUCUCGCACAGACCUUCUCCUAUUGAGAUAAAGCAAAGAGUGAACCCUCUUCCAAAUAUCGAAUUUUUAGAUAAGGGCAGCACUUACAGAACUUGUUCUGCUAAUGUGGAUGAAGCAAAGCUUUUGCAAGACAUACGUUUAAAGGUUGUUCAAGGAACUUCUCCUUUCUCCGUGUCUUUCAGUAUUUAUCAUGAAAGUUCAUCCAGAACAGAUACGUUCACUUUGCAUAAUGUCACGUCAGAUAACUUUGACUAUAAGAGGUUGUACGAAGGUUUGUCUUUGGGUAACCACAUUGUUAAAAUAGAGAGUGUCACAGAUGCUAAUGGAUGCAGCAAUGAUUUACUGUCAACUGAUAAUCAAAUCUCAAUUUCUAUCACUGAUGUACCAAGAAUCGCACUUACUGAGUCUGCAAUGGAAUAUUGUGUUGGUGAUUAUGUUGGAUACCAACUAAGUGGGUCGCCUCCAUUUAUCAUCAAGUAUGAAUUCAAUGGAAAGCAACUUAAGUCAAAGGAGCGUACAUCUCAAUUCGUCAGAUAUGCAUCUGAACCAGGUACUAUUUCCAUUUCAUCGAUUCAAGAUUCCACUUCACAGUGUAUAGUAGAUUUCACAAGUCCAAAGAUGAAGCCUGAACAUGAUAAAUUAACGCUUAACGUCCACCCAAUCCCCUCAGUGACAGUUUCACAGGGUAAAGAAAUCGUAGAAGAUAUUCAUGAGGGUGAUAAGGCAGAAGUGAUAUUUUCUUUUGAAGGUACUCCUCCAUUUGGAUUAACAUAUGUUCGUACCGAAAAUGUUGACACCAAGAAGGGUAAAAAGCAACAAAUUGUAGAAACUCAUAAAGUUUCAGACAUAUACGCUUAUGAAUACAGAGUUCUAACCAGUUUACAGGGAACAUAUGAAGCUUUGGAAGUCUCUGACGCCUUCUGUUCAGCAAAAAACAAUGCAUUAUUGGAUUAA